AUGUAGCCAAAAAAAUAGGUAUUAAUUUAUUGGGAAAAGCAAGGUUUGGAUUAGCUUUGCGGAGUGCAUUGCAUAAAUUCUUUGCUCUAAGGUCCAUUUUUCAAUGAAAUUGAAUUAGCAUCUAUUGCCAGAGAAUUAGAUGAUUUGGAAAAACAAUUAAUGGCAGCAUAAGGAAUGGAUUCAAAAGAAUAUUUAUCUUAUUUAGCACAAGACUCAUAAAAUGUUGCUGAUGAUGGAAAUUAUUCAAUUUAAGUAUUGUAAGCAGCUCUUAAAAAGAUGGGAAAUUUAAAUAUAGAAAGUGUUGAUUCCGAAAUAAACAAGGGAUAGGAUCUUAGCACUGAAAUAGGAUUUAUUUGCAAUUCUGAUCAUCACUGGUUUUCAAUAAGAUAAGUUGAUGGUAUCUGGUAUAAUUUGAACUCCACUAAUAGAAGAGCUCCUGAAAUUAUUAGUGAUUUUUAUUUAAGUGCUUUUUUGAUGUCAGUAAAAGAAUCAGGAUAUAAUAUUUUUGUAGUAAGAGGAGAGUAUCCUAGUAGCUCAAAAGAACUUUUCCCACAAGUUUAGAAUUACUAAAAAUGGCUCACUAAAGAAGAAGUUUUCUAAAUUCACUAACAAGUUUCAAAAGACAAGAAUUUUAAAUUGAAUAUCGGGGGAACUGAUUAAGAGAUGAUGGAUAGAGCCCUGAAAGAAUCAUUAGAUAUGUAUAAUAAAUAAAACUAAGGAAAAGGUAAUAUGGAUGAAGAAUAUGGUGACGAAGACGAAGAUGAAGAAGAGAGAAAAAAGAAGGAAGAGGAAGAAAAGAAUAAAUUUAAAGCAUUUUAAGGUUAAGGUAUAAGCAUGCAAUCAAAUACUAAUAACUAAGAACAUGAUUAACUUAAUUAAUACUUUUCACAGUUUGAAAAUCACGAAGAUCCUGAGUUAGUCUUCGCUAUUAUAAUGUCGUUAUCUACAAAAUUUGAAAGUAGACCAAGUCAAGGAUUAGUUCUCUAAUUUAGAUUUCCUGAUGGAUCUAAAAAGGAUUGGACUUUUGCUUCAACAUAAACAAUAAGAGAUUUAUAUGAUUUCUGCAAAUCUAUAUAAUAACCAAACAAAGAAUAUAAGUUUAAAUUAAGCUAAAACUUCCCUAAAGUAGAGCUUAAUAAUUUAGAUAUAACCUUAGAAUAAGCUUCUAUAGCUAACAUGACAGCUUUAAUAGUUACUAAGAUAUGA